CUCCGUUGAAAGUAAACAAAAUCAACGAUUUUUUUUUCAGCUAAAUCAUUAUCAUGAGUUUAACCAAACGUGUAAUUGAUAAAUUUUAACAAUUAUAUAUUUAUUUCAUAGAUUUGAUUUUCUCUUCAAAUUGCCAGUUGAUAUUGAUAUUUUUUUUUAAUGAAAACAGUUGUGUCACUGAUUGGUGAAUUAUUAAAAAUAAUAAAUAAUCAUAAUAAAAUAACAUUCCUGUUUCAAGUCAUCUAACCCUUUUUGUUGUGAUAAUGAAUCUAGAGCUGUGUUAAGUGGUGAAUAAAUUUGAAUUGGGAAUACCAUAUGGGUGGUGAAACAAAUGAAAAUGCCGUUCACACAGAUAUGGUUCACAUAAAAAUAAUUCCAAUUCGAUAAAUUAUCUGAUUCCGAUGGUUCCAGAAAGUCCGACUGACAACGAUAAAUCUAUUAUAGAUUGGAUCCGAUACACCGUGGCCUGUGCAUUUCUUCUACCUUGUUUUCUCGUCAUAGUUGUAUUUUUGAAAUAUGAAGGAGCUUGGAGCAUGUGGUUGUCCCUCUUCCUGUCCCGAGGUAUUUACAUCGUUCUGGCCACUCUCAUUUUCGGAUGUUUUAUCAUAACUUUUUUUAAGAAUAAGGUUCAGGGGUAUAGCCGAGGGGACAGCAGAUCAGAUGAAUCGUGGUGUUCCCCGCAAGAUCUAUGGAAGACGCCUCACCUAUCGGUCUGCGGCGACUUGAAAUCACUCAGCAGGAAACCUUUCCUUCUGGAAGAUGUUUAUGACAGUGACGCGGUGAAGCAAAUGUUGAGGGAAGCAGAUACUCGAAACGAAGCAUUGAAGCGUGAACUUGAAGAGCUUAAUAAAACCCGGAUAGAUCUGGAGGAAAGGAGCGGAGCUCUAGAGAGAGAGAAAGCCAAAGUGGAAGAAAGAUUGGAAGAGGCCAAAUACCAAUCAGCUCUUGAGAGCGAGAGUCUGCGCAAAGAGGCCGCCAUAACUCAGCGCCAACUGCAGCAGGUCCUAGAGGUUAGUGAUGAGAAAGAAAUGCUGUCGCGUGAGGUUUCGAGCAUCUCCAGGGAGACCCGGAUCACGGAGUCUGCGCUGAAGGACCAGGCCCGGCUGACGACGAGGCUAGAGGAAGCUCGUGCGGAACUGAACAGGCUGAAAUUGCAAAUGGAGGAGAUGAAGAUGGAGCGGGACACUGCGGUGGCCAUCGCGGCCGAUCUGGCGGUCAGGGCGCAAGGUGCGGCGGACGACUCCGCUCAGCUCAUUGGCCAAUGGGUCAGGAGAGAAAUGGAAAACCGUAGGAAAAAGGGCAACCCUAGUAUGGGCAGUACAGUUGAAACUGAUGAAGUUUCUUAUAGCACCCAAAAUAUUGAACGGGAGAAUUCGCAAAAUGAAAAGACUGAGCUGUUUCAGGAAUCUGUAUCAACUUCUUUGGAAACUGAAGAAAACCAAAUGUUCCUGAACAGUAUGCAAGAAGAAAUGGAUCAUCAUAAAGUCCACUUGGACAUGAAUGCAGAUGAAGGAACUAUAAUUAACUAUUUGCCCACAGUUGGGACAAUGAAGAACCAGGAGACUGCCUGCAAACAUUCGGUUGCGGCCCAGUGACCAGUUCUGCGGCCUUCAGGGACUUCCUAACAGCACAUUACUCCCAGAUGCCUCUGUAGCUUCCUUGAGAUGUUAUUAUAAAAUUUUGCAAUAAAAAUUUAUUCUAACGGGAUAAAUUGAUUUAGUUAUGGUAACCUAUAAUUGUAAUAUGUUUGUUAAUACAUAACCUUUUUAGAU